GCACAGCCGCGCACCGCUUGCAUCCCUGCGUGCACUCCCCAUGCACACGCGCGUGCCCCCACCCCGCCGCGCUGCGCCCUGGCCCGCAGCCCACCGCCAUCCCCAAGGGGCUCAGAUUGGGGGGGGGCUGCGCCUUCUGCACCCCCCUCCCGGGCUGUGGGCCCCCUGCUGUAGGGUGCAGCCCCCCUAAACCGAGCGGCUUUAGGCAGCAUUGGCUUUAAGCUGCCCCGUUAAGCCGCUGCUCUGGGCGGAGGGGUGUCCGUAAGCCGCCGUGCCCAGCGGCUCGCGUGGCUCUAAGCGGCUCUGCCUGUAAGCCGACGGCUCCGUAAGCCCCCAGGUCCAUAAGCUGCUGGUUUUGUAAGCCUCCAGGUCCAUAAACCGCCCGCUCCAUAAGCCUCCAGGUCCAUAAGGUGCCGGGCUCCAAGGCACGGAGCCUAUAGGGUGCAUUAUCCGCAAGGUGCAAAGUCCAGGAGGUGCAAUACCUGCACGGCACGGCCACAGCCAUGUGGGCCACGCUGCUGCUGCUGCUGCUGGCCCUGGGCGUGCUGGCUCUGGGGCUGGUGGCCCAUCGGCUCCUGUCCCCUGCUGGCAACCCCUUCGCCCGGCCCCCCACGGACCCUCCCCGGCCGCUGGUGAUGGAUCAGCGGGCACGCGACCGGGUGCUGAAGCGGGGGUUCAGCGCCGCGCGUGUGCCGCGGGACCUGGACGCCGUGGUCAUCGGCAGUGGCAUAGGUGGCCUGGCGGCGGCCAGCACCCUGGCCAAGGUGGGCAAGCGGGUGCUGGUGCUGGAGCAGCACGACCAGGCCGGCGGGUGCUGCCACACCUUCCAGGAGCAGGGCAGCGAGUUCGAUGUGGGCAUCCACUACGUGGGGCAGAUGCACGAGGGCAGCAUGCUGCGCGUGGCGCUGGACCAGCUGACGGACGGGCAGCUCCGCUGGCAGCGCCUGCCCGACCCCUAUGACGAGGUGACCCUGGGUCCCCACCGCUACCAGCUCCGUGCCGGCAAGGCCACCUUCGCCGCCGCGCUGGAGGAGCAGUUCCCCGCCGAGAAGGAGGCCAUCAGGGAGUUCAUGAGGCUCUCCAAGAUGGCCUCGAGGCACGUGGCGCUGCUGGCGCUGCUGAAGCUGGUGCCGCGCUGGCUGGCCGCGCUGCUGCUCCGCACCGGCCUCGUGCACCGCAUCUCGCCCGUCUUCCGCAUGGCGGCCACCGGCCACAGCGAGGCCGUGGCCCGGCUGACAGCCGACCAGGACCUGCGCGCCCUGCUCAGCUACCUCUUCUACGGCACGGCGCCGCGGGACUCCAGCUUCCUGAUCAACGUGCUGAUGGUGCACCACUACCAGCGGGGUGCCUGGUACCCGCGGGGGGGGGCCAGCGAGAUCGCCUUCCACGCCGUGCCCCUCAUCGAGCGGGCAGGGGGGGCCGUGUUGGUGCGCGCCCCCGUCACCCGCAUCCUCGUCUCGCCCGCCAGUGGCACCGCCGUGGGGGUGGCCGUGCAGAAGGGGCCGAGCGAGGAGGAGGUGGAGAUCUGGGCGCCCGUCGUCAUCUCCGACGCCGGCAUCUUCAACACCUUCGGCAAGCUGCUGCCCCCCCCGCUCCGCAGCCUCCCGGACGUCCGCUCCCGCCUGGCCAUGGUGCGCCACGGCAUGGGCUCCUUCCUGGUGUUCGUGGGGCUGCGGGGCAGCGCGGCCGAGCUGGCCCUACCCGCCACCAACUUCUGGAUCUACCCCCACAACGACCUGGACACCAUGAUGACCCGCUACGCCGCCCUGCACCGCGACGACGUCCCCGAGAACCUGGCCAUGAUGUUCAUCACCUUCCCCGCCGCCAAGGACCCCACCUACGAGGAGAGGCACCCAGGCCGCUCGUGCAUGACCAUCCUGACCAUGGCACGGUACGAGUGGUUCGAGGAGUGGGCCGGCACCCGCGCCAAGCACCGUGGUGCUGAGUACCAGCGGUACAAGGGGGCCAUCGCCCAGCGCCUGCUGGAGCGCGCGCUGCAGCGCUUCCCCCAGCUCCGAGACAAGGUGGAGUUCGUGGAGGCGGCGUCGCCGCUCACCAACGAGCACUACCUGGCGGCGCCCCGCGGCGAGAUGUACGGCAGCGAGCACGACGUCGGCCGCUUCACCCCCGAGGUGGUGGCCGCCAUGAGAGCCGAGACCCCCGUGAAGAACCUCUACCUGACGGGGCAGGACGUGUUCAGCUGUGGGCUGGCGGGGGCCCUCCACGGGGGGCUGCUCUGCGCCUCGGCGGUGCUGGGCCGCGUGCUCUACCUGGACCUGCUGCUCCUCAAGAAGAAGAUCAAGCGGCGCCGGGGCCGGCAAGCGGCGUGAGAGCCCGGGGACACCCCUGGGGGGGACAGCUCCCCGCUGGGGAACGGGAUCCCAGUUCAAUAAACAGGGAUGCUCGACUGGCC